AUGGCGGUGCCACAAGAACCUAUAGUUAAUGGGAACGAAAGUUCAACUCAAGUAACGUCCAAUAAAGCUGCUGCUCGUACGAAACAGAGGAAUGGCACUUUCCCACAACCUACUCAAGAAGAAGGCUAUUACCUUAAAAUGACAGUUGUAUCUUUAGACAAAAGUCGCCGCGAUCCGGUCUUUAAAAUUAAAGUCAAUACAAAUUUACCUAGAUUCAAACUUAACUCAUAUCCUCAAGUCGAACGCUCGUAUAUUGAAUUCGAACGGUUGUAUAGUGCUUUGGCUUAUUCUAAUCCAGAGUGUAUAGUUCCUGCACUACCCUUCUCGAUUACCAGUUAUCAAUCAGGUGACGAAGACGAACGUAGGGUUAAACACGCGAUGCAAUUAUGGUUGAGUCGCGUGUCAAAAAGUCCUGUGUUGUAUCAUGACGAAGAGCUAAGGUCAUUUAUAGAAACUGAUUUUGCUUUUAUUCCUGCCAUAAAACCACGAAAAAGAAGCGGUAGUUUUAGACUUAAAUUUUCUUCAGAUAUGAAAGAUAAUGAUUUAAAAUUAGUCCAAGCCAAGUCUAUCGUACAUGCACUUGAGGGCCAUUUCCUAGAUACGGCCAAAGCUGCCCAGAGGUUGGCUAGAUCUCGAAAAGGAUUAUCUGUGUAUAAUAUCGAACUUGGCGCCAAAUUCCUUGCUAUGGGUACAGUUGAAAGUCAUCCUUCACUAUCAAAUGGUCUGCGAAAACUUGGCAAGGUAUUUCAGGUUAUUGGCAAAUUACAACAAUCACAAGCUGUAAGCGAAGCUUCAGCCAUGGGGGAUUUCUUUAGUUAUUAUGCGGCUAAUGCACAUGUAGUUAAGGAAACUCUAACAAACCGCCUCAGAAUAAUUUCUGAACAUGACAAUGCAGUGAAGUCCACCAUAAGUAAACGCCGUAACAUUGAACGACUAAAGUCUUCCACGUCCAUCAAAUCUGAUAAAGUAGAUGAAGCAUUAGAAGAUUUGGAUGAAGCAAAAUAUUAUGAGCAAACGCUCGAUGCACGUGCAAAACGCGUAACAAACAACCUUCACUCAGAGUUAAAAAUCUACGAAGAAUACCGUACCCAAGAUUUUCUUGGAGCGAUCAAAGAAUACGUUAAAAAACAGAUUGCUUUUGAAAAACAACAAUUGAAGGAGUUGGAAAACUUGAAGCCUGAUAUCGAUGCCAUCACAAAGCGAAAUACGAAAGCUCAUGUAUUUGGAGAUGAAGAACUUACUCCACGUGCAAUUGCAGAGAAACUUAGUAUAAUGGCUGGAUAA